ACAGACUCGAAUGCACAUACACAAGAUGGCGGCGCUACGAGGAAGAGGUGCCGCUAGUCUAUCCUCUUAUUUAACCUUUUUCUCUCCAACCAGGAGGUGUUUUUCUCUCCAAGUGCGCCACAUUACCUCACUCUCCUCCAGGUUUCCUCCAGCCGCGGAGAGGAGGGAGAGAAAUGGAGGGAACUUGCUCAAACUUGGAGGCGUGCACAAGGGUCUCUUCCACACCUGUGCCAAGUUACACGCCCGUGACUACUAUGAGGUCCUUGGGGUGUCGAAAAAUGCGUCGGAGAAAGAGAUCAAGAAGGCGUAUUAUAAGUUGGCGAAGAAGUAUCACCCAGAUGUUAAUAGAGACGAUCCUGCUGCCCAGAAGAAGUUCACUGAGGUUUCCGAGGCUUAUGAGGUACUCGGAGACGAAGAGAGAAGGAGGAACUACGACACGAUUGGGCGGUCCGGACAGUUCCCAGGGGGCGCAGGGGGCGGCAGGACGAGGGACAACCGGGUGGAACUACCAGACCACGAUCGACCCUGAGGAACUGUUUAGAAAGAUUUUUGGAGACUUCAGCCGAGCGGGGAUGGGCGGAAGGGGAGCGGAAGAAGAAUUUGCCGAUAAUCUUUUUGGGUUUGGAGCCGCGCAGGAGGUGACGGUGAACCUCUCAUUCCGCCAAGCGUCCCGUGGGCUCAACAAAGACGUGACCUUGAAUGUGGUUGACACCUGCCCGCGAUGUCAAGGGUCGAGGUGUGAGCCGGGCACCCAAGCAGCGCCGUGCCAGCACUGUGGGGCCACUGGCAUGGAGACUAUCACUACUGGACCGUUUGUGAUGAGGCAAACAUGUCGCUUCUGUCAUGGGACCCGCGCACACAUCAAGUUCCCAUGCGCACACUGUGAGGGCAAGGGUCAGUGUGUGCAGCGAAGAACUGUUUCCAUUCCAAUCCCAGCUGGUGUUGAAGAUGGUCAGGUCCUGAGACUAUCCGUGGGCAGGAAAGAGGUGUUCGUUCGUGUGCGGGUGACUCGAAGUGACUAUUUUAGAAGGGAUGGUCAGGAUGUACACACAGAUGCGACUAUCGGACUAUCCCAGGCACUACUAGGAGGUGCUACAAGAAUUAUGGGUGUUUAUGAGGAUUUGACGCUGGAGAUUCCCGCUGGCACCUCAUCUCACACUACCAUCAAGUUGACAGGAAAAGGGUUAAAGAAAGUCAGUUCUUACGGCUAUGGUGAUCAUUACGUCCAUGUCAAGAUCAAAAUACCCACCGAACUAACCCCAAAGCAAAAAUCUUUAAUAAUCGCACUCGCUGAACUGGAAACGAACACUCCUGGAACUGUAACUGGAAUGACUCACACAAAGCAAG